AUGUCAGAUUCUGAAGAUUCCGAAGAUUUAAAUCAAUAUACUAUUGACGAUUAUUACAAACUUGUUAGACCUCUACUAGAGGCUAAUAACAUCAAUGCAAACUAUUUGGACAAUCACAAACUACUACGAACUUUGGUCGACUUUAGUUUAUCGCACUCAUUGUCAUUAAAAAAUUUACAAAAACGAGACUUGGAGUUUCGAAACUUAAUCCCGGAAAAGAUAAACUAUGUCGAUAGUUUAAUAAUUAAAACCAAGGCCUAUAAUGAACCUCAGUUUUCUGGAUGUUUCCGAAACCGGUACAUUGAGUUUUGUCCUCAUUUUGCCAUUGCUGCUUAUUUAUUCAGCCGUUUCCAUAUCGCUGAUGAAUAUGGAGCAUACGAGUUUAUAUUUACCGACUCGAUAAAAAAAAUAUCUUUGGAAAAUGUCAAGUUAUUAAAAGGUAAUUCGAAGCACCUGGCAAUAUCUUAUAGCCAACAACACAAGUCGGCUAUUAAUGCUUUGAGUAUAAGUGGCUUGGAUUAUAAGGAUGUAAAUUUAACCAAACUUUUGACUACGCAUAACAAUAAUGAAACACUAGAGAACAUGGGUAGAUUGGCCAAGAAUUCAGUCAAGGAACUAUCUUGUCCAUUAAUGUUGGCAUUAGCUGGGUUUAAUAGUUUUGAAGAUUAUGAAAUAAUAAGGAAUUCAAUAGACCCCCCUCAACAAUUACUAGAUAAGAUAUUUCCCUUUCUAACCAAUAUCAUCGACGAUUCUACUUCUUCCAAAGAUUUGUUACAAAUAAAAGAGUUGUUUUCAAUGUUAAGAAGGAGUCUCUGCCAGGAUAUGGUAAUCAUCAAGAAAAAAUACCCCUAUAACCCAUUAUCAAAAAGUGAAAUAUUUAAUUCGCCCGAGUUUCUGGACUUUGUUCAAUCCAUUGAAAAUGAAACCCCCGGAAAGUUGGACACAAUAAUAAAUAACUCCUGUUUCAUUCCCAAAGAUCACCCUAUGCCUAGUGGCGAUCUUUUGGUCGCCGGUUCCGGUGAUAAUAAAAAUUCCGAAUCUGAGAUGAAGGAACCGAUAUCAAAGGACUUAGAAAACCAACUUUCUAUAUUAGCACGGCAACAAAAAGAGCUCGAUAAGUCUUUCUACAAAUUCACUGAAUCCCAAACUGAGAUUUUCCUGCAACAAAGCGAGCUUAUGCAAAAAGUCAACAAUACGUUAAACGGGGUCAUGAUUUUAUUAUCUGCACAAAACAAAACUUCCAUCCCAUUACUCCAGCAAGCGGCUCAAGAAACCCAAAAUUACAUUUCAAAUGUGGGACAAUCGAAUAUUGAACGAGGAAUGAACAAUACUGCCGAAUUACUAAAUGCUUUGAACUCAAAUUCUGGACACCCUCAAUCCCAAUCUCAACCACAAUCGCAUUCAUCAACUUCACUACUACCACUGACGCAAGCACCACAACCAGUAGCAUCUUCAUUGUCAAAUUUAUUACAUCCCCAAGCACUGGAGUUUCCUCGAGCCGCGCUUUCAGAACCACCACAAGUUCAACCAUUACUUACACAGCGACAUGCAAUGCCCUUGCAACAACAACAACAACAACAACAACAACAACAACAACAACAACAACAACAACAACAACAGCAACAACAAUUUUAUAUGCACACGUCAAAUUCACCUUCAAUUCAUCAAUCUGCAGCUAUGGUGCCUAUGGCAUCGUAUCCUUCGACCACAACAACAUCUGCAGCUACAGUACAGAGACAAAUACCAGCACAACCACAACCUUCUUCUAGUGCAGACAUUGGUUUGACUCCAGAACAAAUGGAACGACAACGCGUUUUACAUAGACGAUUAUCAAGGCAAGCAACGACGUUAUUUGAAAUGUGGGACGAUUUCAAGUCAAUGGAAAAAGCACUUCAAGAUCAUGAUAUCACAGUUACAGAGUGGCUAAAAUUACACGGUAGUUCAGAACGGCAAUUCCGUCAUACUAGAUUGAAAAUCAUCAGAUUUAUUGAGGAAGAAGCCCAACAUCGUAAUACUAGUGUUGAGAUUGUCAAAGAACUAUUGCAUAAUAAAAUGAGAAAUAGGCUAAGGCCGUGGACAUUGGAUGAAGUCCAAAGAAUGUUGACGGCCAAUAAACGGAUUAAUUUAGAUGACGAUAGUUAG